AUUGAAGCGACGAACUGAAUACCAAUUAAUGGUGAAAUGUUUAUAUCUUGUCUGCUGUAUGUGAUCUGUUUGAGGUUUUAUCUAUAGUAUUAUACUAUAAACAUUACAUAGUUUUGAGACUUCAUGGAUGUGCAUUUGAUGCAAGAGUUGCUAUGAAUAUGUAUUUCUACUUUCGAUUUAGAAUACUUUGGGAAUCCCAAUCCCCUGGUUUGUCUGGUGUGACCAAUAUGAUUGUUUUCGUGACUUUGUUGUGCAUCUUUAGCUUACAUACUUCACAAUGUGUAUCCUACAGAUACACCACCACAUCGUGUUUGGAGACUUAUAAACUGGACAGAACAAACAAGGACAAAAUAACAUGCACAGGUGAACACGUCGUUAAUCACUGCAUUCCCGAUGAUCAACAUAAGGAAAUGGAAGUUUGUGUACAGUGGAAAUGGAUUACCCCAGGUUACUGUCCAUAUUACGAUAAGUUCUCGGAUGUUAUAAAAGAAGUGCGCUGUUCCUUCUACUGCCUGUGGAACGAGGAUUUGCAUGGUGUUUGCUCCUGUCCAUCAAGACUGAAUGAUGAUUCAUGCGAUAAAAAAUGUAAAAAGGAUUUUGGAUCUGACAAAUACAUCCUUUGUGAGCCUGACAAAGUUUCUACUACAAUAAGCCCAGCAACGCAUAUCAAUUCUGGAGGACAUGGAUCAAGGGAAUCGUCAGAUUCGAAAAUUAAUGUCGGCCCAACAUUCAGUAUUACUUUCGGGAGAAAUGGUACAGAGAGUUCACGAGAAUCACAGUUUAAUGACAGUGCUAUAGGAAUUGCUUUUGGGGUAAUCUUGCCGCUUAUCCUGCUGGUUGUUGUUCCAGGAAUUCUUCUGUUCAAGAAAAGACGUCAGACAGAAAAUACACGUCAGAGAGAGACAGCAGUGGAGAGGGGUGAAGGUGACGACUUAAUGAAUACAGAAACAAGAUGUCUGGAGGAAAACGAACAGAACCAACAACAAAAAGAAAAAGAUGAAGGAACAUCCACUGAAGAUAAAGAAUCGUCACCUCUCCUGGCAGAGAAUAAAAACAAAAACCAGAGUGAAGGUCAGCUCGAAGAGAAUUCCAUGAAGAAUGAAAGGAUCAGUGUAUCUCAAAACUAUGAUUCACCUCAGAAGAAUGAGUCAUUCAAAAUGCCACCUACUUCUCCAGCAGUUCAGACAGAACCUGACACUGACAUAUUGAGGACAGAAAUCAAGGAUGACAAGAAAAACGAGAAGAAAGAAGGGGAAGGAUUCCGUGGAGGACAUGACUCCUCAGAAGACGUGUCACCUGGUGUAGGUGCAGAGAAAAAGAAAGAGGAAGGAUCCAUUGAAAAAGGCCAUUUUCCAGAUGUAAUGUCGCCUGAUAAUGGCAAGGAAGACGAUUUACAUUUGUCUCCUGUCAAUGAUACAAAUGGUGAGAAUGGAAAACAAAACACCGAUGUUACUGAGGAGGACCAAAGUGAGGAAAAAGGUAACAAGGACCAGGAUGUAAAACAGCAUGUUACUGAUAAAUCAUCGAACCAAACUGUCAAAACUGACUUAAAUAAUGAGAAUAAUGAAAUAAAGAGUGGCUGUAGAAUGCAUGUUGAUGGUAGUUCUGGAGAACAAAAUUCAGAGCAGAAGGAUCUCUCAGUAGAUACUACCCAGAAUAGUGAUAAUCAGAUUGAUGAGGGAAGUGGAACUUCUGAUAAUACAGCAAUGAAGCAUGUGAAUGAACAAGAAAAUGAACGUCAAAAUAAUUUGAACAGCUCAGCAGAUUCAGAAAGUGGAGAAGAUACAUCCCCCCAAAAAGACGCUGUGGGAAUAUUUGUCGACUCCUUGGAAUCUAUAAAAAAGGAAGAUUAUGAAGAAGGUGGCUGGAGUGAGCUACAGGAUCUUUUGGAAUACAUGUGUACAAAACCAGCGAGGAAGAUACUGUUUAAUGUUGUGAAGAUGUAUGUGGAUAAUCCAGACAGUUUUUUCCAAGAUGAAACAAAAAAGGCUUUAAUAAAAUCAGUAUUACCACCAGAGUACCAUUCAGCCAUUGAAACUGAAGCUGAAUACAGAAAUGCUAUCCCUGUUAUGUACGCCAUUCUACAGGUGGCACUUGAUGAGGAACAUCAACCAAAAUCUGGUUGGGGUCAAAGGGUCAAGGACUCAGACACUGGGGUAGGAGAUGAUGUAGAGAGAGUGUAUCAAGCUUGCACAUUGAGUAGAGAAAUUCACAAUCCAGAGGAAAUAUCUGUAGAUGGAUAUGAAAGGCUAUUUGAUAUGUUGAUAGGACCUGUAGAGAGAUUAGAUAUAAAGGGGAAAUGUAGCGAGGAUUACAGGGAGAUUGUGAGGAGAUGGGAGAAUAUCCAGAGGAAGCUGUGUGUGAAGGACAAAGGGACAACAUUCACAAACUUUAUCAAGAAAUGGUCUCCGACUGAAUAAAUAUAGUUAUGUUUAUGAAUAUAUUUAUGGAGUGAGUUUGAUGUAGUGGAGUGAUAGUACAAUAAAUCUAACAAUGAUUGAUUACACAGGAUCACUAAAUGUCCAGUUACAUACUCCAGCUACUGGCGAUCACCACAAGAUGGCGUUGAUACCGGUGCUUGUUCAUAUAUCAUACAGUAACGGUAGUCUUAACAUGUACAGGUAUGCUUGUACAAACAUCUUGUUGAUUUUCUAUGGAUUGUUCUGUAAUUUGUAAUUAUGUAUACAAGUUAGAGAUUUUUGAGUUGACGGUGCUACAAUAAGAGCAAACUUUCCAGUGACUACACAUAAAGUUGAUUAUCUGAGUCUUAGUAGGUGUUGAUAAAGAACCCCGCUACUUGUUAGGGGACAAAGAGACGUAACUAGUGUGAUACAUGUACUGAUACUGUAGAUGCUGAUGCUGUGAACUAGUACAAUUGAUCCACUUUAUUUACAGCUUCAUUUUGAAACUUCAUUAUAUUCAUUAAUCUGACUCAGUAUGAAGGCAGCUCUAAUCAUAAGUUUGCAAUAUGUAUAAAUGAUUUUAUUCUUCUGUGAUCGAAUUUAAUCUGUUGGCUGUCUAUUUAUUGUAUGUGUGUUAACUUACUCUUCACACAUAGCUAUACUUUUCACACACUUACAUUUACUUUUCACCUUUUUAAAACCACAUGAGUGUCUACUUCUAAUGUUUGAUUACUGAGUCAAUAUGUAAAGGGGAUUCUAUGUUGAUGAAAUUAUGGUCAGUGAUGCCUUUGGCAGCUUGCAGGGAUUUAAAUAAGUGUGCUAUACUGGAGCGAGUAGAACAUCUGUACAAUAUAUAGUGUGGACAUGUUCGCCAGUAAAUCCAGAAUGAUAUAUACAUGAGCAUUUAAUGAAGCUAAAUGAAAUGGACAUUUGCCACUGCCUUGUAUAGUGUAGUUUUAAUUGAAUUCAGUCCAUGCUUUAGUGUUGGGAAGGUGAUGAUCAUGAUAAAGGUUUCCACAUGAUUUGUGUCAGUUUUCUCAUCAACAACAUAACACUACAAUUUGACAAACGAUAUCCAAGUAUGUUAUGUUGUAUGUAUUCUGAUUUGUAUGAGAGGCGACAGACUGAGAAGACUCUAUAAUUCAAAACAAUCCUUUUAGAAUAUGUCUAUUCACAACAAAUUCAUUCCAGUUUGUUCAUGCGUAUUGUUGUCUAAUGACUGACCUUGACUUUUUAUUGUGAGUUACAUCUCUGUAUGUGUUACACAGGUGAGCAUUGUGGCCUGUAGUCCUGGUGUUAUUGUAGUUCAUGGUGUGGGGCUUAUUGUAGUUUGACGUAGAUUUAAUAAAUACAUAUAACUAUCUUAGAAUAGAGCUUAUUGUAGUUUAACAUGUAGAUUUAAUGGGUCAGUGUUUGCUUGUUGUAUAUCCAGAUAGAAUGUAAUUAGGAACAUGAUGGAGUCAGUGAUCACUCUCUGGUGCAAAGAAGGUAAAUUUAAUCAAGGGGAAACAAAAUGGGGUAAUACUGAUAAAUGCAAGUUAAUGAUGUGUGUCCUCCAAAAUGGACCUGUUAUUUUCAUAUUACAUGUAUCUUUAUCAUGUAUUUAUAUAUUUAUAAUUAAAAAAUUUAAAUACUGAAAGUGACAAUUGCCAUCCAUUACUGGUAAUCAUAUUUCUUGGAUCCUGUGUUUAAAGGUUUUGUGUAUUAUCAAUUUAAAAAUUUGUUCAAAUCAAACUUGUUUAAAGUUAUGUAUAUUUUGAUUUUUCACGAAAUGUCCAGGUGUAGUCAACCUUUAUUUUUAUUUAUAUUUUUUGUCAUGUAUAUGAUCAUAUUCUAAUAUUAGAGAAAAUAUGAGGAAAGUGUAGAGGUCAAUAUGACAUUGGAAUAACGAAGCUCUGAUGAAACGACUCUGAACAUUAUGAACAUGAUUUGGUCAUCUAAAAUGAUUUACAUUUACGUACGAUAAUCAUUUACUGUAUGCUGAUUAAGAAUAUCUGACUAUGUAUCAUAUCUAUAUAAAUUGGUGGCAGGAGUAGAGGUUAAUGUAAAAUUUACGUUGAUUUUUGUUGAUACAUGUUAUACUUUUUCCCCCAAACAAAUUUUGAUUAUAUCUUUUAGUUACACAAUUUGACUAAUUAAGCUUUUGAAUACAAUCUCUGAUAUUUUAGAACUUAUCGACUUUGUAGAUAUAAAAUUUUAGUGUCGUAUGUCAUUUAAACUUAGUAUGUAGCACAUCAUACUAGUUAUGAUUCUGAGACUAACACAACAUACUGGACUAUAUGCCAAGCUGUAUGAAAUGAGAAUUAUAAAAGUUUUCAAAGCCAUUUUAGACUUAUCUAUGUAAUGUAAAACUUAUACGGUACCAAUUUUGAUGGACCAAAAUAUCUUACAACUAAGAUGAAAAACAUGAUUCUGUUUGAUAAUCAAAUACAGAUCCCAAGGUCACAAGUAUGUAUUCAACUUUUAUAAACCACAGAUGUACUUUACAUAUUAAUUAAAAAAGUCUACAAGAAAAGAAAAAUAAGGAAAUUACCGUGUUUGUAAAUUUUGAUCUGAGUCUUAAGAUAUUUUGUGAAUAGGUGCCCUAAUGCGCAUUUCGACAAAUAAUGUCUCUUCAGUGAUGCUCAACCGAAAUGUUUGAAAUCCGAAAUAACAAUGAAGUUUUAGAGCUAUUAAUUCCUGUGAAAAAAUUAAGGCAGUGUUAGAUUCAUAAAUGUGAAUGUUCUAUUGUUUUAUAUGAUGUACAUGUAUUAGCACGACAAUCUGAAUUUGAUUUGAAGCGGGGCAGUAUCUUAAAUUUUCACAUGCCAUUGGACUGAACAUGUUCUGUUUGUCUUUUGGAAGAGAAGUCACCAUUUUUGAAGAGUUUCAUUCAUGUUUAGUGUACAUAUACAUAUGUUGUGUGGUUGUUGUUUUUGUGUGUGAAGAUUUCUUUUGGUGCCAUACAGUGUUUGAUUUCUCAACAUGGAGCUUCGUUUUGUGAAUGCUAUAAAACCACAUGAUUUUAUUGAAGUAAUUAGGAAACCUCUAUGUGGAGGGUUUGGGAAAUAAAUAAUAAUUUCAUCA